GCUCAGGUGGCUGCGGCCCCGGCGCCCGAGGCCCGCGGUGCUGUGGGCUCGCGCCCCGGACAGCUCCCGGCGAGGAUUUUGCCUACCAAGAAUACUCAGGAAUGCCAACCUUCAACCAGAUAGCUCCUCCAGGACUUUGGGUGCCCACUCAUCUCGCUUUUCAUAGGUGACCAUGGAGGCUGGCGGCCUCCCCCUGGAGCUGUGGCGCAUGAUCCUGGCCUACCUGCCCCUGCCCGACCUGGGCCGCUGCAGCCUGGUGUGCAGGGCCUGGCGUGAACUGAUCCUCAGUCUCGACAGGACUCGCUGGCGGCAGCUGUAUCUGGGCUGUGCUGAGUGCCGCCACCCCAACUGGCCCAACCAGCCCGAUGUGGAGCCCGAGUCUUGGAGGGAGGCCUUCAAGCAGCAUUACCUUGCCUCCAAGACCUGGACCAAGAACGCCGCCAUCUUGGAGACCUCUGUCUGCUUCUCUCUGUUUCGCCGGAGGAGGACGCGCCGGACCCUGAGUGUCGGGCCAGGCCACGAGUUUCACAGCCUCGGCAGUGCCCUGGCCAUGUCCAGCCUGUUUGACCGCAUCCUGCUGUUCCCAGGUCUGCAUGAAGAGCAGGGUGAAAUCAUCCUGAAGGUGCCCGUGGAGAUUGUAGGCCACGGGAAGCUGGGCGAAGUGGCCCUGCUGGCCAGCAUUGACCAGCAGUGCUCCACCACGCGCCUCUGCAACCUCGUCUUCAUGCCGGCCUGGUUCUCGCCCUUCAUGUUUAAGACAACUUCAGGUCACGUCCAGUUUGACAACUGCAACUUCGAGAAUGGGCACAUCCAGGUCCACGGCCCGGGCACCUGCCAAGUGAAGUUUUGCUCCUUCAAGAACACUCAUGUCUUUCUGCACAACGUGCCUCUGUGUGUCCUGGAAAACUGUGAAUUCGUGGGCAGUGAAAACAACUCGGUGACUGUCGAGGGCCACCCGUCCUCAGAAAACAACUGGGCCUACACGCACCUCUUAGGGCUCAUCAGGUCCUCUCCUGGCGUGCUCCCCACCGAGGACUCGGACUCUUUAAUGUCCCUCGACCUGGAGAGCAGGGACCAGGCCUGGAGCCCGAGGACCUGUGGCAUUGUCAUUGAGGGCAGCCAGAGCCCCACCAGCCCAGCCACCGGCUCCCCCAGGGCUGGCUCCCGGGAGGCAGAGGUGGGCAGCAAUGGGGAAAGGGUGGCCCAGACCCCAGACAGCAGCGAUGGAGGCCUGAGUCCCAGCGGUGAGGAUGAGGACGAGGACCAGCUCACGUACAGACUGUCCUACCAAGUGCAGGGCCCACGGCCGGUCCUGGGGGGCUCCUUUUUGGGCCCACCGCUGCCCGGAGCCUCCAUCCAGCUGCCCAGCUGCCUGGUACUGAACUCCCUGCGGCAGGAGCUGCAGAAGGACAGGGAGGCCAUGGCCCUGGCCAGCUCCGUGCAGGGCUGCCUCAUCCGCAAGUGCCUCUUCCGGGACGGCAAGGGAGGCGUCUUUGUUUGCUCUUACGGCCGAGCCAAGAUGGAAGGAAACAUCUUCCGGAACCUGACUUACGCGGUGCGGUGUAUACAUAGUAGCAAGAUCAUCAUGCUCAGGAACCACAUUCACCACUGCAGAGCAUCGGGCAUCUUUCUUCGCUUGGAGGGUGGCGGCCUGAUCGCUGGCAACAACAUCUGCCACAACGCGGAGGCCGGCGUGGACAUCCGGAAGAAGUCCAACCCCCUCAUUCUGUGUAACCAGAUCCACCACGGCCUUCGCUCUGGCAUUGUUGUCCUUGGCAAUGGGAAAGGCAUCAUCCGGAACAAUCAGAUCUUUUCCAACAAGGAGGCUGGCAUUUACAUCCUGUACCACGGGAAUCCAGUCGUGAGCCGGAACCACAUCUUCAAGGGCCACGCGGCCGGCAUCGCCGUGAGCGAGAGCGGCAGAGGCCUCAUCACAGAAAACGUCAUCCGAGAGAAUCAGUGGGGAGGUGUGGACAUCCGCCGAGGAGGGGUCCCCGUCCUCAGGAGCAACCUCAUCUGCUUUGGCUACUCGGAUGGUGUGGUCGUGGGGGAUGAAGGCAAAGGCCUGCUGGAAGGAAACACCAUCUACGCGAAUAAGGGCUGCGGUGUGUGGAUGAUGGCGUCCAGCCUGCCCCACGUCACCAGCAACCACGUCAGCUACAAUGGCCUGUACGGCGUGGCAGUGUUCAGCCAGAAGGAUGGCUCCGGAGAACUCCCUGGGGGCCACGGGGCCCAGGAGAACUUCAGCGAGGACGGGGAUGCCAUCCUGUGGGAGACGGAGCUGGAGAAGGACGACGACCCGCCGCGCCGGCCCAUCACCAUAGCUCUGGUCGAGUCCAACAGUGUUAACCACAACGGAGCAUCCGGACUCUACAUCCAGAGCAGUGAGGCGCUGCACGUUGUAACCAACGUGAUCCAUGCCAACAGAGGCAGAGGCGUCACUGUGGCCCAGAGCAGCCAGCUCACCCGUGUGGCCAACAACAGCAUCUCCUGCAACCGCCAGAGUGGGGUCAAGAUCGAGGCCCAGUGCAAGGUGGAGCUCCGGGGCAACGGUAUCUAUGACAACAGAGGCCAUGGCAUCAUCACCAAGGGGGACAGCACCGUCAUGGAAAAUGACAUCAUUGGCAACCGGGGUAGCGGGCUGCAGCUGCUGCCCAUGUCUGACACAAAGGUAAUAAAGAACCGAAUCCAUUCAUUCCGGGCCUCCGGCAUUGCAGUGCAGGGCCACGCCAAGGCCCUGGUGCAGGAGAACACCAUCUUCCAGGGCAAGACCAACAAGACCAUCUUCCAGCAGAGCUCGAGCAACCAAGAAUGCGUUAUACAGAACAACAGGUUCUUGGUCUUCAAGAAGUCUGAUACGUGGCGCCUGGCGAACCCACCAGCACGGCCUCACCUUGAAAACUCUCUCCGAGGCCCCUCCGCUGCCCACGGUGGGCAGAAGGUGACAGCCAUGGCGACCAGGAUCACAGCCCACGUGGAAGGUGGUUACCACAGCAAACGCAGCAUCUUCUGCACCAUCCUGUAAGAACGGAGAGCUGCGGGAGGAGGCAGCUGGGGGCGUCCAAAGACCCCAGGAGGCAGGCACAUACCCUGCUGUCAGGCUCAGGCCCUGCCGGGCCGAGCUAAGAGGUUGCAGCCUUCAAGGAUGGAAGAAGCAGUGCUUGUGAAGGCUCCUGCUCAUCUCAUCUCCUCCCUGAAAAGCAGGCUCUCGAGUCUUCUGGGCGCUGAGAACUAGGUACCUCCAAAGCCCUUUGGCCCUGCAGCCCUCAGCAGGAAGGAGCUUGGAUUUUGUGUUGGUUUGGCUGGUUGGUGUUUUUGGCUCUGCCAUGCGUGCUGCUUGCAGGAUCUUAGUUCCCCAACCAUGGAAUUAUUUUUCAAGGAGAAAAAGGGAACAGAAGUUGGUGGGUUUCUAGUCCCUCGAGCUCUUGUAGAGAUGAUGAAGAGUUGGGGAAAUUGAUUCUGAAACCUUGGCCAGGGUUUUCUGUUUGAGUUACAGGGAACUACACGCACCAAACCCAGAAUCUUCUCAGGGAAGGACGAAUGUACUUUUAAGGGACAGAGUGGUUCCAGUGGGAGGGAAAGAGCCCCAGUCAUCCCCUCUCCUGGACCUCACUUUGACUCUCCGCGGAUACUGCCGCACGCACCCUACUGUCGGGGAGGCUGGAGGUCUGGUUUCCUCAAGGACACAGUUGGACGUGGACCUCUGAGGGAGGAGGGACUUGAGGUAAGGAGCUUCUCUUGGCAGGCUGCCCCCGGGACACCCCGGGAAGCAGGAGGGGCGUGUGGAGAAGGCUUCCCCCAAAUGGCUAGGUGUGCAGGUGAGGGCCCGGCCGUGCAAGGACUCACCUGACUGCUCCCCCCUCCAGCUGCCCCCAGACUCGGGAGGACAAGGCUGACUCAGGGCCUGCGGCAUAGGGAGGAUCCGAAUCCCACAAGCACACCCAGACCAGCCGCCCCCGCUGGGCGCCAGACAGGUGGAGAUGGAGGUGCCUGGGGCCCUGUCUGUGUCCACAUUCUCAUGGAUGACUGACCACCUGCCUUUACAGACCCUACUGUGGUUUCCCACUCUGUGCCUUGGCUCACGCUCUCCUCACCUCUGGGCGCGCCCUCCUCACCACUAUGCACGCCCAGGCCCCACCCGUUCUUCCAGGCUCAGAACGCCAUGUGGAUGGCAGCGCUCUGCCCUCUGAGCCUGCUCUGCCCCGUCUCUGCCCCCAUAGGGGGCACUCUGUCUUGCUUAGAAAUUGCCCAGGUCCGUCCCUGUCCACUGACUCAGCUGUAAGCUCCACGAAGGUCACCGCCUGUGUCCCAGCCCAGGGUACGGGGAGGGUUAGGAGCCUGAGGAAAGGGAGGAAGGCUUUGCUAAGCUCAGCUGUGACUGUGUGAAGGUUCCAGAGCCAGGCGGUCUCAGACCCACUAUUCAAGGAAGGGGGCCUGACGCAGGCUCGGCUCAGCCCGGACAGUGCCUCGCCAACCUGGCCCUUCACGCGGCGCCUCGCCAGCCUGCUGAGGUCAUGGUUGUGUGCCCGCAGCUGGUGUCCCAGGGAGGUUCUGCCAGGCCCCUGGUGCUGUUCUCCCGGGUGCGGUAGGGCGUGGCUGGAGGGAGCCAGGGGCUCGGUCUCCCUGAGGACGUGGGGCACAAGAGCGUGGGUCCCUGCAUUCCCCAGCACUGCUCUUUGCACUUAACCUGUGGCCCCGCUGUGAGUCGCUGUACAGAAUGCUGCCUUUUAUGAUUUUGUAACAAAUGACUUUUCUGUGAACCAAGUGCUUAUGAAAA